AUGAGUUUCCAAUUGGUCCAACCAACACUUCCCUUGUCUUGCUGCCACAUGAAGACAUCCCAAGCCUACGCUCAGGUGUUGUCACUUUCCAGCCCAAGGAGGAAGACUUCUAUGUUCCAUCAAGUGAGAAACCAUCAUUCCCCAUGCUCACCUAUCGCACACUUCAGCACAGUCAAGACUCAACGCCGCCACCAAGAACGCCAUGUUCUCACUACUGGCAUGGCCGCAUCAAGCUCUAGACCGUGUGAGCAAGCUGGAGAAGAUCGUGGAUGCCAAUCUCGCUUCAUCUCACGCCUAGUUCGUGUAGUUCGCCACAUUGCACCGGAGAGACUCUUUCGCCCUUCUUCCACCGCUAGAGAGCCAUAUGAGCCUGACCUUGGUGAGUUCUCACUAGACUCAGAGCUUGGUUCAGAAGGCGAUGACCCCAUAGAUGAGGAAGAGAGUUCUUCUCACUGCCACACAUAG